GUCUUCCAGCGGCGAGUUCUGUACGAAAACACCUUCGGACUGCAAAGGUCGUGUUGGGACAUUGCAGGUUGCGUCGGAAAACCAGAGAAAUGUCUCUACUGAAACCAAAACUUCUCUGCACUUUGCUGGCCCGGAGGACUUUCCACGGACGUGCCCAGAUCGGGAAGCGCGAGGUCGUCGGACACGGCCUGAACGGCACAUACAGUUACCUCGACCGAGCCGACUGCCCCUACCCUGCAAUCCGUUGGGAAGAGCCUGGAUCCCAUAUCGAUGCGCUCCUCCAGAAACAGAAAGGAGACUGGAAGAAUCUCUCUCUCGAAGAGAAGAAGGCUCUGUACAGACACUCGUUCCGUCAAACAUUCGUCGAGUUCGACAGUCCUCGCGGCGAUUGGCGAAUCAUCACCGGAGGUGUGAUGUUCGGGCUCGCCUUCGCGCUAUGGAUGUCAAUUCUCCUGAAGAAGUUCGUCCUCCCACCAUUGCCUGAAUCAUGCAGUGAGGAGUCCAAGCAGGCUCAAUUGAAACGCAUGAUUGAAAUUAGAGCGAAUCCUGUCGAGGGUAUCGCCUCCAAAUGGGACUACGAGAACAACCGUUGGAAGUAAAUUCUGUCAAGUCCGCUGGAAUUAUAUUGUGUAGUUUUAAAAUAAAGGAAGGCUUCACUCACCGCGUACUGGGAACUAGGGG